AUGGACAGUCGUCAUGAUUUGGCACUAUUACGUUGUGAUCAUCCUGAUAAGUUCCUCUUUGACCUGUUAAUCUCGACUUCCGCGAAUUUUUAUAUCCUUCUGUUUGGCAUAUCGUUUGACUUAAAUGGUUAGUUUCCACGUCUCUUUGUUUUCUUACUUGACACGACCGUUUUUCAACCGGCGCAUAUUUUCUCCAACCGUUGCCCGUUUUCGUUCCGCUAUGAUUAAUAAACUAUCACCCCUCUUUCGAAGAUCCAGUCUGCCUCACCUGCAGAUCCUUUAGUUGAUUCAUAUUUAGCGGACUUUUUUAGUUCUUACUACGUCUGUUAUGACGUUGUUAAACAGUUUUAAACUGCAAACUUCACUAGAAUCGAUCACUUUCAUCCCUUCGCUUUGCGCUCUCCCUCAGCCCGAGAUCAGAUCUUUAUGAUGCUUUAGCUUUGUUAUCUGGCCGUUAGCACAAGAUUUCCUGAUUCUUUGAGGAGAUCUGUUUUACUAGAAGUCGGGACCUGCAGCCUUAAACGCAUCAGACCGUGACGGUAGCAUUAGCGAUUAGAUCGCUUUGGUGGAUUUAGACUUUAGUCUCAGUGUUUCGGCAACUAACGAUCUUUUACUUUAUGACCCCCGCUUGAGGGUGUAGCCGAUCAAUCCAAAAUGACGGCAAAUCAAAAGAUGCUUGGAAGAGUUUAAGGAAAAGCCGGACAAGGGACUUGCACAAAUUGUCGGCAAUAAAAACGACUCCACUGGUAGACUUCACGUUUCUCAGUGUUUCUGGCCUACUCACCGAAGUGAGACUAGUGCUCUAGCCGAACAAACUGCCGACUACAUACUUAGAUGCGGGCAUGCGCACGCCGUUCCUAUCGGCAUCACCAACUACAGUAAUGGUGUCCGUGUGUAACGGUCUGCGGCAAUGCUCCUGGGGAGUUUAAUCUACUAUCUUCCUUUCUGGCGAGGACCGAAGGUCCAAUGACUAGUUCAGGCCAAUUAUUGCGCUGAUCGCUAAUACAUUUUCGCAAACCCAAGAAAUCGUGUAUGGGCCAGUCAUGAUAUUUCCGCCACUACAAAGUCCGUGUGUGUCGGCCUCCGUACGCUGUUGUCAAUGCUGAUAUGUGCACGUGGAACACGAAGACAAAUACGGUGUUUGAUUACCGUUGUCUGGGCCGACACUAAGAGAAGUACACGUCCUUUUCUCGAAUGAAAUACCCUCCACGCUCCGUAAUCGCAAGAAUAUCUCAGGCCACCAGACAAAAACGAUCAAAGUAAUUUUGGCAUGUUCGUCAUAUCCUGCCCCGUGAGGUGUGUGUUGCUUUUGACUUGGCUUACUGCCUGUGUGGAGCCUCGAAAAAGGUCAUCACCAAGUGUGACACAGAAAAUACUAUCACGAGAUUAAGUUGGUUCAUGGACCUUCGGUAUUCGGUUCCCGUCGCCAGAGAUGGUAGUAGGCAAGGCUCUUCAGAUCACCUUUCGCAGAUCGUCGAGGCUGGACAGGUACAGCUCGCAAAAUCAUCAAGGCCGCCCAGAUCAGGCCUCUACACAGGUCGUACUCUACACACGCUGUAACCGCUUGAUAAGAUAAGGUAUCACACCGUGCGCAGUGGUACCGACUUGUCCUUUCUCUCAUGUCGAAAUAUUUUAUACGAAGUCAGACUUACAUUACUGGGUGAUUGAGAGGUAUGCUUAGAACAUGACGCGAGUCUUUGCUUAUCAUGCUUAUCUCCCCCACCGCUACUCAUUCCAUCGUUGUCACUUUCAAGCAGCAAUUCGACUCUGACCUCAGAAUAAUGUUUCUGUUCCGAAGAACGUCAGUACUCCCCAGUAACGUAUGACUGUUUGAGGUACAGACAAAGCACCUGAGCCCCGUAUAGGCCCUCACGUCAGCCGACUAGUUAAAUCCGGUUCUGUUUGGGAAAGUUGUCCACUCUAGGCGCACGAGUGUUCCUAAAAUUGCAUUUUCAUAGUUCUCUCAGCUCUUAUCUUAUAAGCCAGUAGACACCACUCCAAACACCUCGCGUUACGCGGCUAAAUGAGCCUUGUAACCACAAUGAGGCUACCCAGUAGGCUAUGAUUGUAACUGUUUCCCCACGGUCUAGUGGGCUUGAGUCCUUCUUUAAGGCGUUUCUAGAUCGUCAAGCCAACGAACCGCACAACAUGCAACGCUGUCCCUAACAAACACCACUACAGCCGAGAGUUUUGUUUUGUGUUGAAUGUUAUCGUGUCCUCUUUUCUAUUUAGUCAUGCAGUCAGCCUUAGCGACCACACUCAGAUUGGCUGCUAUUUCACUGAACCAGUUGGCAACGAAUCUGGCCGCCAUCCCUUUUUCCUCAUCAGCUAUUCCAUGCCGUAGUCUCUCGUCAAACACGAAAAUCGAUGUAAGGUUGCUUGUUUCCAUUUCCAAAUUCGCUCUUCUAGGGACAGGAACUUGAGGAACCCGAUAUUCUAUUUAAGAAACUUAACAUAGAGGUGAAAAGCCAUGAGCCAGAGGUGUUACGCAGCUACGAGAUCUUUGUCCGGCAGGUUUGCAGUCAUCUGGAUCUGACCUGCAGCGUGUAAGGAUUUCGUCUUACUUUCGAGUCCUCCGCUCUUUCUUUUUAGCGAGACUAGAAAUUCGCCCAUAUUUGACCGCCUGUCCCUUAACAAGUCUCCUUUUAUCUAUAAAAAACAUCAACGUCAGUACGAGUUUCGGACGUAUGUGAAAAAUUUCAUAGUGAGUCCCGCCUCUGUUUCCAGUCUAAAGCACACCGCUCUGUAGAUACCGCAUGUGACUGGAUGUACUGCUAGUGUCUUCCUUGAGUACAUUCAACGAAAUCUCCCAGCUGGCGUUCACAUGGCCGUCACCCACGUAAGUCUUUUAACUUCUUCGCCCUCUUUCCUUUUCAGGAGUCAGCUUGUCAUGGUCACCAGUCUAGGGCUUUGUGAAAGCAUUCAGAAUAUGGGAAUAGGGAAGUCUGUCAGGGGCGCUGAUUAUGUUCAGCGCCCUCGAUCGGGAAUUUGAAACAAAGCAGAUUUUAUUCGACUCCAUCGACGAGCCGAAUGAAGUGUCCUUAUUAUACGCAGGAUGCGUCGUGUCUCACUGACCGACAUCUUUAAAUGUGUUUCCUUACUGUAGUCGCAAAGUAGACAAGCGGAGAACAAACUCCCCAAUGCUGGGUUCCCGACUGGGAUUAUCCCCAGCUAUAUAACAUGCCUCAUUAAGUGUUAGCCGAAAUUCUGAAUUGUAUAUUCGACUAGGAAGGAUCGCUCAGGUAGGGUUGUAGUGCUGAGGAUGCCGACUUUGUCUUCGGCCACCCGUAAGAGCUAAACUCAAUAAAAAUGACCACAUGAGUACCGUGUCUUCUUCCAUUGGUUUUUGAUACCCUCAUAAACCCAAACACAUGUUGUGAAAAUUGUGCACAAAUUAUCUGUUCAUGUACCCAUUGUGUAGAAAAUUACGCCAUCUCAAAAUUAUCCACUUGAAGAAGGGACGUCUUUUGAUUUCAAAAUUUUUUUAAAAUUAUGAAUAUGAAUAAAUUCCUUCGGAAAACGGCUAUUUGCACCCUAACGGCCGGCAAUUCCCUGGAUUCUUGCUACAGAAGCAGCCUCUAGAAGGCAUCGAGUGUUUUAGUAGGACAGAGACACCAGCUUCCGAGCAUACAAAAACCCUGAAAGAUAGCUAGCGAUGCAGGAACCUUAACACAUGGCAGUGUCCUCCGCCUGUGAAAAUGCACACUAAAUUCGGGAUCAGCAAAGUGAUUGAUUCAUAUUGAUCAAGCAUCAGCAGCGUCGAAAAAACGUCUGAACCGAAGUCUUUGGUCGGCCAAACCAGUGUUGCCUUUCAAAAUAUUACUUUUAGUAGGUGAUAUAUCUCAAGGAACGUUAACCAAGAUUUCAAAAUAUAGUUUCGGUUAGAAAGAAUUAUUUAAAUAUUUGCUUUGAUGGUAAUUACCAUGCAAUAAAGUCACAAGACAUUUCAGCCAUGCCAAAUUGCGGACUUUGAAUGCGCCUCGUUCCGGCUGUCUGUGAAAAUCAUUCACAGAAACUUCUCACCGCUCUUCUAUGCACAGAAGUACAUUUUGUUGCACUUAUUUUGCUGACACCUACAUCUCCACCAAUUAUGCUAUUCAUAGAAGAUAUAUCUUCCAGUUUUACUAGAUUCUCGCUUGCCGAAUAAGUUUGCUGCCGACCUACUUUCCACCUGCACGUAGGCUGUCCUAACUACAGACUGUACAGUUUUCACUUGGGAGGAAUCACUCAUUCCUACAUGCUAUUAAGUGGGGACCAUAUGAAUUGAUGAGGUUUUUACGAACCAUCUCGUCCCAAGCAUUGAUAAGUGGACAGAUACAACAUCAUUUGAACAAACAUUUCACGGUCGUACAAGUUGCAUAACGGCAAACUUUUUUUAAAUCGAAAACCUCCCUGUCUUCAAGUAUAAAAUUGGAAAAAGAACGUAAUUUACUGCAAAAUGAGUAUGUGGAGGUAUAUUUUUGCGUGUUUUCUGUAAAAUAUAUUCCGAAAACCAGAAAAUCAGAGGAAAAAUUAAAGUACAAGAGAAUAGGUAGUACAGGUGACGUUGCGCAGAAUUCCAGGAAACCCAAAUAUUCCCGUGUCCUAACCUUAACCCCCAAUCUAAUUCUCACUCCUACCUAAUCUCCAACCCUGAACCUAACUCUGAUCUUCCUGGAGAUAAGCGCGAGGACCCCGCAGUAGGGAGGGUGUCUAUUUCCGUGUCUAGCUAUUUUAUGCCGUGUGGUUUUUGGGGGCAACCGCAAAGAAGUGCAUUCAAAUGCCGGCAUCUGCGCGCGUUAGAAACGUGAUGCUCAAUGUUACAACCGCACCUAAAUCCUUUUCACUAAAAAGCAAAUUUCAGAAUUCAGACGUGCGUUUUUUGAGAUACGCCACCGAAUGUCUGUCUGUUCUACUGGCAGAAUAGGUAGUAUACACGUGUUCCGGCGAUCUUUGGAGUUCCCUCUAGCGUUCGGCCUAGGCAAAAAUUGCAGGCUCUCCCGUGGUGAUGGCCAUAAGUGAUCAAGAGGCAAAAUGUGAAGAAGCUAGCGGCUUAACAUCAAGAGUUACGCGCACCAGAGACACCGUUCCACUUGCCCGCGCUUGUCACUUGUAUGUUAUAUGGAUAUUUUCCCGGGCGCUCGCCGUUCCUCCACCCCAAAAGCCUUGUUUCGAGGGUAAUAUACACUUCUCAGUCUUGAUUGCAGGGCGCAGUAAGGCAGUUUCACAUCGCCUCAGAACACCUGUCUAGAGCCCUGGCUGGCUGUCGCCUAGUCGCGAGCAGCUAAUGGUCGAGAUAGGGGAGGAGGGAAACAAGGACGGGCCUUUCGCAUCUACCCGUCAUCAUCAGCUAGCCAUACUCCAAGCCCCGGUUGGGGUAACUCGAGAAUUCCGUGAUCAGGGCGGUUCGGGCUUCGUCACUCCCAUUUGAUUUUGCCAAUUGUCGAUAGCGGUCGACAAACCGUUAGCUUGUGGAUCGCUUGCUUGAACUUAAACUUUGUUGUUAACUAAACACGAUUUGAAAUAUGGCCGGCGGAAGAUAGAAAUGCAUCACGAACGGCCCUGCGAGUCCCCCUUUUUCCUUGUUGGUAUUGCAUAUAAAUGACGCGCCAACGGUCUCUCUUGGUCACAGUUAGCCCCAUGUCCACCAUCAGUGGCGUCGUCCAUUUUGUUUCGGUGGCAAAACCACACCCGCAAAAAAAAGUGUUUACGCUUUCAGGAGAACUGUAUUACCACAGACCUUAUUGGGGUUUCUUUGCUUUUCAGCACCGUGUGGAAAAACUUCCGGGAGCGCUUCAGAAGAGCCUGGAGGAGACCGCCUCCGCGGACUCACCCAAAUGA